AUGAAGUUAGACCUCCAAGAUUUUUUUCUCACAAUCUCCUCUGGGGAAGUUUCGGACUUCACGGUGUCGUCUGCCCACAAAUUGGUGAUGAGGGGACGAUUUAUCAGACAAUCAGCAUUCAUUAAACAACGUUAUCAAACCACUCUACUAGAAUGUCACAAACAGAUAGCAUUGGUCACAGUCCAAAACAAACAGGUGCCCACACCAGCCCUAGCUUCCAAACUAGGUGACCUGUUCCAGGACCUCACCACACUUAAUGCACAGAAAACAAAAUACUUCCUACAGAGAUUACUGGCCACCACAUAUCACAACAGCGGAAAACCGUUCAAGUAUCUCGCUAACAGACUUAGAACACAACACACAGCAACUAGAAUCACCGACCUGGUGGGUAAAGAUGUCGGCAAGAUCAUGAACACCACUGAUAUAGUCCAAGAAUUUGCCCAUUUUUGUAAACAACUCUAUAGUCUGAAUAUAAGAGAAGGGGUCACAGUCCCCACUCCAUUCGAAUCUACCUAA